GAAGCAUAUUGGUCAAUGCUCAGACAAGGCUCAAGGAUUGAAACACUCCUGACUCGUCGAACAUGGGAAAUCAAAUUGGAUACAUAACCAGUUGGCUACCAUGGGGUGAGAUGGGCAAGAUAAGCGACAGGAAGGGUUUUACUGAAGAUUCUGCUGAAGUGUAUGUCACAGUGGAAGAUAUCAACAAAAGGUCCCUUGGAAAACUGAUAGUAGGGGUUGUUGGACAUGAAGGAUCGGAAAAUAGCGAAGCUGAACAAGUAUUAAGACGACAAAUCCAAACGUGCAUCACGAACAUUGACAAUUAUUCACCCGACACCUGGACAAAUGCCCGUGUGACGUUCCUCGGCAUGGAUGGAUCUGCUUACGUCAUUCAGUCGGGCAAUGGGAAGAGGAGAUUCAUUGUUCGUCUUGAUAUAGACGAUGAGAUUAAAUUCGUGGACUUUCAGAAAUUAAGUAAAUCUUAAUUAUCUCCCUACAAGUUGAAGGAUGUAUUGAUUGAAGCUAUUAGCAUCUG